AUGCUCGUCAACAGCACUGCCCUGUCUUUGGCCAACGUCAGCUACAUUACCGUGGAGAUUCUCAUCGGGCUUUGUGCCAUAGUGGGCAAUGUGCUAGUCAUCUGGGUGGUCAAGCUGAACCCCAGCCUGCAGACUACCACCUUCUAUUUCAUUGUCUCCCUAGCCGUGGCUGACAUUGCUGUUGGGGGACUGGUUAUGCCUUUGGCUGUUGUCAUCAGCCUGGGCAUCACAAUCCAAUUCUCUAUCUGCCUUCUCAUGACCUGCCUGAUGCUGAUCUUCACUCAUGCCUCCAUCAUGUCAUUGCUGGCCAUUGCUGUGGACCGAUACCUGUGGGUCAAGCUCACUGUCAGAUUCAAGAUUCCUAAAGUCCCUGGGUAUAAACUGUCAUUCCAGUCAAAGGUUCGUUUUAAUCCAGUUAUGAGGCUCCUUAUUCUGCUCUCCUUGGCUGUCUUUUCAGAUGCCAUGGUCGUGGACAAAAAGGUCAAGGAAAGCUUUGUGCUGGACACAGCUUCUGCCACCUGCAACUACAAUGCCCACUAUAAGGAUCACCCCAAAUAUUGGUGCCGAGGCUAUUUCCGGGACUAUUGCAACAUCAUUGCCUUGACCCCCAACAGCACCGACCGUGUGUCCCUAUGGGACACAGGAAACCAACUCAUUGUCACUGUGUCUUGCCUGACCAAAGAAGACACCGGCUGGUACUGGUGUGGCAUCCAGCGGGACUUUGCCAGGGAUGACAUGGAUUUUACAGAGCUGAUUGUGACUGAUAACAGAGGAGAACUUACCAGUGAUUUUUGGUCUGAAAAAGACCUAUCAGGCAAUAAGAACAGAAGCUGCAGGGCUUCCAAAGUCAUCCACAAGACAGAUCACUCCAGGAUGUCUAUUCUCACCGUUUGCCUGUUGAUCACGGGUUUGGGAAUCAUUUCUAUAGUCAGCCAUUUGUCCAAAAGGAGGAGAAGUCAAAGGAAUAGAAGGGGCAACUCUUUGAAGCCCCUCUCACGUGCCCUGACUCCAAAGGAAAUGGCAUAUACUGAACAGCUGUGA